UAUCUACAAGAUACUCCAUCACUUGAAUCAGGAUGGACUGUACAUCCUGACCAAUCCCCAAUGCAAAUACAUCAAUAUGUAGUGGACAAGUUUAUAGACAAUCCUAUGUGUUCCAGUAUCCAUAUAUCAGUGUAUGCUAAACCUGGUAUUGCUAAGGAUCCACUUCAUUGUCCUAUUACAUUAACUGGAAUAGAUCCUUCAAAAAUAGUUUACAUCAACCGAACUCCUCCUCUUUUUUCAAUGAUAGACAGUACUAGCUCAAGCUCCUCUACUGCUAGUAUCAGUCAAACCAGGAGAGAGACUGAAGAAGGUACAUUUAGAUCUGAUAUUGCUCAUAGAGUAAUGACCGAAUGUACUGGAAUGAUAAAGGAAAGGCUUGAUCUAAAUACAUUAGUAGAUAAGCUACUGGAGAAGAGGAUGAUAAAUGAACGACAGAAAACUAAAGUUCUUGAUGAGAGAUGUGGACUAACUGCUAAUCAAAGAAUGGACGAGCUGCUUAGUUUAGUUAAAGCAUCCAUUAGGGAGGAUGGAGAAGAUUUUGGUUUGUUUGUAGAAAUAAUUAAACAAGAGAAUACAAGAAGAACUGAUAGACUAGCACAGACACUAUUAGACAAUUAUAAAAGGUUAUUAUAAUUUUAGUAUAAAAAUAAUUUUGUGUCAUUCUUUUAGACUAAUGCAUUGAUUUUUUUGUCUAUAAAAAGCAUUAA